ACCCGGGGGCUCCCGGCGGCGCAGGGAGGGGGGCGGCGCGGCGGGCUCUGCCGGCGCCCGCGCCCCUCUCUGCCUCCGUGCGCGGCGGAGCGGCGGGCGGCGCCGGGUCGGGUCUCGCCCCACACUUGGCGCAAGGGCGGCCGCGCACGAUGUGCCCGGGAGCUGCGGCUCCCUGCGGGCCGCGGGCGUGAGCGGUGCUGGCGCUGGCGGGGCGCGGCGGAGCGCAGCGGCGGAGCUGGCCGCCGGCGGCUGAGGAGAGCCCCGCUCCUAUGGCCCGCGCGGCGGGGCCGGCUCCUCUCCCGCGGGCGCGGCGGGGCGCGGCGCGGGCCUCGCGGCGGGGCCGGGCAGCAUGACCGCGGGCUGCGGCCCCGCUGCGCUCGCCGCCGGCACCCAAGCGCGACCUUGAUGCUCCGCGUCCCCGCUCUACAAAUAUGAUGAAAUGGCAGCCCCGGAAGAAGGCAUACUUCCGACAGGGUGUGGCCCUUCAGUAUCUUGGACGUCAUGCAGAUGCACUGGCAGCAUUUGCAUCAGGACUGGCUCAAGAUCCCAAGAGUCUUCAGCUUCUGGUGGGCAUGGUCGAGGCCGCCAUGAAAUCUCCCAUGAGAGAGUCCCUGGAGCCCACCUAUCAACAACUGCAGAAGAUGAAGCUGGACAAGAGCCCCUUUGUUGUGGUGUCUGUGAUUGGCCAGGAACUUCUGACCGCGGGCCACCAUGGGGCCUCUGUGGUGGUGCUGGAGGCUGCCCUGAAGAUCGGCACUUGCAGCCUAAAGCUGCGGGGAUCAGUGUUCUCUGCACUGAGCAGUGCGUACUGGUCCCUUGGGAAUACGGAGAAAAGCACUGGAUACAUGCAGCAGGACUUGGACGUAGCCAAGACUUUAGGUGACCAGACGGGAGAAUGCCGAGCUCAUGGAAAUCUGGGCUCCGCAUUCUUCUCCAAAGGAAAUUACCGGGAGGCCCUUACUAACCACAGACAUCAGCUGGUGCUCGCCAUGAAACUCAAGGACAGAGAGGCAGCGUCCUCAGCACUGAGCAGUCUGGGCCAUGUGUACACAGCCAUUGGGGACUACCCAAACGCGCUGGCUAGCCACAAGCAGUGUGUCCUCCUUGCAAAGCAGUCCAAAGAUGAGCUCUCUGAGGCGCGGGAGCUGGGCAACAUGGGAGCAGUGUACAUUGCAAUGGGGGAUUUUGAAAAUGCGGUGCAGUGCCAUGAACAACAUCUUAAGAUCGCCAAGGAGCUGGGGAACAAGCGGGAGGAAGCUCGAGCCUACAGCAACCUAGGCAGUGCUUACCACUACCGGAGAAACUUCGACAAAGCCAUGUCCUACCACAACUAUGUGUUGGAGUUGGCCCAGGAGCUGGCUGAGAAGGCCAUUGAGAUGCGAGCUUAUGCUGGCUUGGGCCAUGCAGCUAGAUGUAUGCAGGAUCUGGAGAGGGCUAAGCAGUACCAUGAAGAACAGUUGCACAUCGCUGAGAGCCUGCAGGACCGAGCUGCUGAAGGCAGAGCCUCCUCUAAUCUAGGAAUCAUUCACCAGAUGAAAGGCGACUAUGACAACGCACUGCGGCUGCAUAAGACGCAUCUGUCCAUAGCUCAGGAGCUAAGCGAUUACGCGGCCCAGGGCCGGGCCUAUGGCAACAUGGGUAACGCUUACAACGCGCUCGGCAUGUAUGACCAGGCUGUCAAGUACCAUCGGCAGGAGCUGCAGAUUUCUAUGGAAGUGAAUGACCGUGCCUCUCAGGCAUCUACACAUGGGAACUUAGCAGUUGCUUAUCAAGCGCUGGGUGCCCAUGACCGUGCUCUGCAGCACUACCAAAAUCAUCUCAACAUUGCCCGGGAGCUGCGAGACAUCCAGAGUGAAGCACGGGCUCUCAGCAAUUUGGGCAACUUCCACUGCUCACGAGGAGAGUAUGUGCAGGCAGCCCCUUACUACGAGCAGUACCUGCGCUUGUCCCCAGAGCUGCAGGACAUGGAAGGGGAGGGGAAAGUUUGCCACAACCUUGGCUAUGCCCAUUACUGCCUUGGGAACUACGAGGAAGCUGUUAAGUACUACGAGCAGGAUCUUGCCUUAGCAAAGGAUCUUCAUGACAAGCUGAGCCAAGCCAAAGCCUACUGCAACCUAGGCCUGGCCUUCAAAGCCUUGAUGGACUUCAGCAAAGCAGAGGAGUGUCAAAAGUACCUGUUGUCCUUGGCCCAGUCUCUGAACAACUCCCAGGCUAAAUUCCGAGCUCUGGGGAACUUGGGGGAUAUUUUUGUCUGUAAAAAAGACGUAAAUGGUGCAAUAAAAUUUUAUGAGCAGCAACUGAGUUUAGCCCAUCAUGUUAAAGACAGGAGACUGGAAGCCAGUGCCUAUGCAGCCUUAGGCUCUGCAUACAGAAUGAUACAGAAGUGUGACAAGGCUUUAGGUUACCACACACAGGAGCUGGAGGUGUACCAGGAGCUGGGAGAUAUGCCGGGUGAAUGCAGAGCACAUGGUCACCUUGCUGCAGUGUAUAUGUCACUUGGGAAGUACACCAUGGCGUUCAAGUGUUACGAAGAACAGCUGGAGCUUGGGCAGAAGUUGAAGGAUCCCAGCAUAGAAGCCCAAGUCUAUGGUAACAUGGGCAUUACCAAGAUGAACAUGAAUGUCAUGGAGGAAGCUAUUGGCUACUUUGAACAGCAGCUGGCCAUGCUGCAGCAGCUCAGUGGAAAUGAAUCCGUGUUAGAUCGAGGCCGAGCAUAUGGGAACCUGGGAGAUUGUUACGAGGCUCUGGGAGAUUUUGAGGAAGCUAUAAAGUAUUAUGAACAGUACCUGUCUGUGGCUCAAAGCUUGAACCGUAUGCAAGAUCAGGCAAAGGCCUACCGGGGCUUGGGCAAUGGGCACAGGGCUAUGGGAAGUUUGCAGCAGGCUCUGGUGUGCUUUGAGAAGAGGCUUGUGGUGGCACAUGAGCUGGGGGAGGCAUUUAACAAAGCCCAGGCCUACGGGGAGCUGGGGAGCCUGCACAGCCAGCUGGGGAACUACGAGCAAGCCAUUUCUUGCCUGGAGCGCCAGCUGAACAUUGCUCGAGAGAUGAAGGACCGAGCUCUGGAGAGCGAUGCUGCCUGCGGCCUUGGUGGGGUCUACCAGCAGAUGGGAGAGUACGACACAGCCCUGCAGUAUCACCAGCUAGACCUGCAGAUUGCGGAGGAGACCAACAACCCCACUUGCCAAGGCCGGGCCUACGGGAACCUAGGCCUGACCUACGAGUCCUUGGGCACCUACGAGAGGGCGGUAGUUUAUCAGGAGCAGCACCUCAGCAUUGCAGCACAAAUGAACGAUCUUGUAGCCAAAACUGUGUCUUACAGCAGUCUGGGGAGGACUCAUCAUGCCUUGCAGAACUACUCUCAGGCUGUGAUGUACCUGCAGGAAGGACUGAGGCUGGCAGAGCAGCUGGGACGCAGAGAAGAUGAAGCCAAAAUCCGCCAUGGCCUCGGCCUCUCCCUCUGGGCGAGUGGGAACCUGGAGGAGUCUCAGCACCAGCUGUACCGGGCCUCGGCACUGUUUGAAACCAUCCGACAUGAGGUGCAGCUGAGCACAGAUUACAAGCUGUCACUCUUCGACCUGCAGACAUCCUCCUAUCAGGCCCUGCAGCGGGUACUUGUCAGUCUUGGUCACCAUGAUGAAGCUCUGGCAGUAGCAGAGAGGGGACGAACGAGGGCAUUUGCUGACUUGCUUGUGGAACGCCAGACUGGGCAGCAGGACUCUGAUCCCUAUUCUCCAGUGACCAUUGACCAGGUCCUGGAGACAGUGAAUGGCCAGAGGGGACUUGUUCUCUACUACUCACUGGCUGCAGGUUAUCUGUACAGCUGGCUGCUGGCUCCUGGGGCAGGAAUUCUGAAAUUUCAUGAGUAUUAUCUGGGUGACAGCCUGACAGAAAAUGCCGGAGACUUCCAUGAAGCCAACAGCGUGACCCUGCAAACAAUAACAAACUCUGCGCUGGAACAGUACAUUUCAAGUGUGCGGGAGGCUCUGGGUGUGGAUUCCUUCUAUACCCGAGCCUGUGCCAGUAGCGAGACUGAGAGUGAAGCUGGGGAUAUCAUGGACCAACAGUUUGAGGAGAUGAAUAACAAGCUGAACUCAAUGACUGAUCCGACUGGCUUCCUGAGGAUGGUCAGUAGGAACAAUCUCUUGAACAGGAGCUGUCAGAGCAUGACCAGUCUGUUCAGCAGUACUAUGUCUCCUGUUAAGGAUGGAACAUCAUCUCUUCCAAGGAGACAGACUUCCUUCACCAAGCCCCCCCUCCGUGCACUCUACGACUUAUUGAUAGGACCUAUGGAAGGAGGUUUGAUGCAUUCCAGUGGGCCUGUUGGCCGCCACCGCCAGCUGAUACUCGUUCUGGAGGGAGAACUGUACCUCAUUCCUUUUGCUCUUCUGAAGGGCAGUUCCUCCAAUGAGUACCUCUAUGAGCGCUUCAGCCUCAUUGCAGUGCCAUCCAUCCAGUCGCUGAAUCCCGGCUCCAAGUCCCAUGCGAGGAAGAAUACUCCUGCUUACUCCAGUUCUACCUCAAUGGCAGCUGUCAUAGGAAAUCCCAAGCUCCCUUCAGCAGUUAUGGACAGGUGGCUAUGGGGACCUAUGCCCUCUGCAGAAGAGGAAGCAUAUAUGGUGUCCGAGUUACUUGGCUGCCAGCCCUUAGUUGGCAGUGCAGCAACAAAAGAGAGGGUCAUGAGUGCCCUCACUCAGGCAGAAUGUGUCCAUUUUGCAACCCACGUCUCCUGGAAACUGGCUGCUUUGGUCCUGACACCUAACACUGACAGCAAUCCAGCCAGCAGCAAGAGUUCUUUUGGGAACCCCUACACAAUCCCAGAAUCCCUUCGGAUGCAGGAUGAUGCCAGUGAUGUGGAGAGCAUCUCAGACUGCCCUCCUCUUCAGGAGUUCCUGCUUACAGCAGCUGAUGUCCUGGAUCUGCGGCUUCCUGUCAAAUUAGUGGUUCUUGGCUCUUACCAAGAAUCCAACAGCAAAGUCACUGCUGAUGGAGUCAUUGGCUUGACAAGAGCAUUCCUGGCUGCUGGGGCUCAGUGUGUCCUAGUGUCACUCUGGCCUGUUCCUGUGGCCGCUUCCAAAAUGUUUGUGCAUGCCUUCUAUUCCUCCCUCUUAAAUGGGAUGAAAGCCAGUGCAGCCCUUGGAGAAGCAAUGAAAACUGUACAGAGCAGCAAGCAGUUCUCCCAUCCAUCCAACUGGGCAGCCUUCAUGCUUAUUGGGAGUGAUAUGAAGCUGAACAGCCCUUCUUCGCUAGUAGGACAGGCCCUGACUGAGAUUCUGCAGCACCCUGAAAGGGCACGAGAUGCUCUGCGUGUCCUGCUACAUCUGGUGGAGAAAUCACUGCAGCGAAUCCAGAAUGGGCAGCACAACUCAAUGUAUACCUCCCAACAAAGCGUGGAGAAUAAAGUAGGUGGCAUUCCAGGCUGGCAGGCACUACUCACUGCGGUAGGAUUUCGGUUGGACCCUCCAGCCAGUGGCCUCCCGGCAGCAGUGUUCUUCCCAACCUCUGACCCUGGUGACCGGCUACAGCAGUGCAGCACCACCAUACAGUCCCUCCUGGGUUUGCCUAACCCUGCACUUCAGGCACUUUGUAAACUUAUCACGGCUUCAGAAACAGGAGAACAGCUUAUCAACAGGGCUGUUAAAAAUAUGGUGGGAAUGCUGCAUCAAGUCCUGGUUCAACUUCAGGCAGGCGAGAAGGAGCAAGAUUUCUCCUCUGCACCAAUCCAGGUUUCCAUCAGUGUCCAACUCUGGAGGCUGCCUGGCUGUCACGAGUUUCUGGCAGCUCUAGGUUUUGACCUUUGUGAAGUCGGCCAGGAGGAGGUGAUUCUGAAGACUGGGAAACAAGCUAAUAGGAGGACCAUGCACUUUGCUCUACAAUCCUUGCUGGCACUUUUUGAUUCUACAGAGCUGCCUAAACGCCUUAGCCUGGACAGUUCCUCAUCACUAGAGUCACUCGCUUCUGCUCAGUCUAUUUCUAACCCUGUACCCCAGUAUCAAAACCCACCAUUCUCUCCUACUUGUCCAGACAGCAUUGCAUCAGAUGCCAUUUCUGUGUAUAGCCUGAGCUCCAUUGCUUCUUCCAUGAGUUUUGUUUCCAAGCCAGAGAGCAUGCCAGAUGGUGUGGGACACAGAGGACGCCAGGACUAUGAGAGGCCCAAGAACAUCUAUCCGCACAGGUCUGCAGUACAGAGCCAGUUGUCACCACAAACCAGCACUGUAGCCAGCAAAGAUGAAGAAGAGUAUGAAGGUUUUUCUAUAAUCAGCAAUGAGCCUUUGGCCAGUUACCAAGAAAACAUAAAACCAAGAUUUUCCCCUGAUCACAAACAGCCCAAAACUGGUCAGACUGCAGGCAUUAAAGAGUCUGUCAACUCCAAAGGGAGCAUAAGCACCCCAAAUUCUCCUGUUAAAAUGACUCUUAUUCCCAGUCCAAAUUCACCUUUCCAGAAAGUUGGGAAACUUGCAAGUUCUGACACUGGGGAAUCUGACCAGUCUAGCACUGAGACUGACAGCACUGUCAAAUCCCAGGAAGACAGUAAUCCAAAGCUUGAUCCGCAAGAGCUGGCACAAAAAAUUCUGGAGGAAACUCAGAGUCACCUCAUUGCUGUUGAACGUCUUCAGAGAAGCAGCAGCCAGAUAAACAAGAGCAACAAUUCAGAUGAUGGGUCUUCCACCCCAGGAGGUGUGUCUGCUUUCAGAUCUUCAGAGACCAGUGCAUUCAGUCGGCCAAUCAGCUCUAGUCAGAAGAAUCAGUCUUCACCUCUUGCAAUUAAACCAAAGCCUCCAACAAGGAGUUCGUCCCUUCAGAAAGUGAGUUCUGGCUAUAAUAGCCCUACGACAUCGGAGAUGUCAAACAAAGAAGGCACAGGCCAAUAUAGUGGGCAGCCAUCUCCAAGUUGUGAUUCACACGGGUCCUUAACUGAGCAGCCUCACUUUAAACUCAAGUACCCCAGCUCUCCCUACAGUGCUCAUAUUUCUAAAUCACCCAGAAAUAUCUCUCCAAGCUCAGGGCAUCAGUCUCCUGGUGGCAGCACUCCAUCUCCUGCUCUUUCUUAUUCCUCAGCUGGUUCUGCUCGCUCAAGUCCAGCUGAUGCCCCAGACAUAGACAAAUUAAAAAUGGCUGCCAUUGAUGAAAAAGUGCAAGCAAUUCACAACUUAAAGAUGUUCUGGCAAAGCACUCCCCAUCACUCCACUGGCCCAAUAAAGAUUCUCCGAGGAGCUCCUGGAACAAUGACAUCUAAGAAAGAUGUCCUCAGCUUGCUCAAUUUAUCUCCGCGGCACAACAAAGAAGAAAGUGCAGAUAAGCUGGAACUGAAGGACCUGUCUAUUGAGCAACACCUUCCUUCUCCACAAAAGAACCCUCCAAAUGGACACAGGCGCCCUGAAACUACAAAUGCAGUGACAUCAACUCAUUCUCCACCUUCCAGUAGCACUCCAGGAACUGCACGCCCCUUGAGGCUGCCAUCUGGGAACGGUUAUAAAUUUUUGUCACCGGGAAGAUUUUUUCCUUCCUCCAAAUGUUGAAAUUUCUUGAGUACCAGCUGAUGACUUACAAUAUUGUAAAAGUAUUUGCUUCUGCCCACUUGCCUUUACCAAUACAGAACCAUUAUCUAAGAAGCCGUGGUCACACCCACAGUUGGCAAUGCACAGGAAGGUGACAGAUUGGCCCCGUCUGUCACUGUGUGGGCACACGGGCCUUACACAGAUGGGUUUUAGUUUCCCUUACCGGGACCUUGGCCAGACUCACUUGAUAACAGGUUCUAUGUAGUGUUCAGUAUUUGCAGCAACAGGUCCAAUGAAUCUAGUUGGCUGUUCAUAAAAUACUAGCUUUUAAGCCACCUACUUGUAUUUCCUAACCUAACAGGAGGUUUUACGGCUGGCUUUUUAUACAGAAAUUAAACAUAUCAGGGAUUGGAGAGGGAAGCGAGAGGAGGCAGGACUUUCAUGUAUACCACAAAGAAAGUGUGCACAAGUUUUUGCCUGGAGAAGUACAAGCCAUUUAUUUGAUUGCUCUCAAAGGCUGACAGAGAGGACAAGAUAACGUACCUCUAGAUAUCUCUGCCAAGGUAGCCAAACACAAGAAAAUGCUGGCAAUAAAACUCCGUAGCAGCACGAUACUGGCAGUUCUCUUGCGUCAUUUAGUGGCUGUUGAAACAAAGACAAGAGGACAGAGGUGCCCCAUUCUAAAACCUGCGUCUCAGGUAACUCUUUUCUGGAGGGAAACCUUUCAGGUGAUACUUUGCUGGUUGGUCUGCUCAGAAAGAAUGUUUAGGGCAUAACGGGCAAGGUGAGCCUCGGCGUGAGGCAGUGAGCAUGUGUCAGAGAGACAAGUUCUGGUUUUAUUGAAUGCUCUGAUCUUUCUGCAAUGCAGCGUUAUGAAGGUCAAAUUUUCAUCUUGGCAAGUAUUUGGGCAGCACAAGUGUCUUUUGUCUGCUAAGUAUGCACAGAAAAGGGUUACAGACACUGAAGCUCAGAACGUUAUUUUACAGUUCCACAGUAGGCAGGAAUGUGACAUCGGUGUGUGUGAUUUAGAAAUCACCUGACCAAGUAAAUACUUUGCUGAUCCUGCUAAAUCAUUCCACAUAGCUUAUCACAGGCAGGUCUGCAAACCUUUCCCCUGCUGUGGAAGCAAGUUUCUUUUGGAGCAAAUAUACCAGUCCAAGCAGAGGUCAGUGCCAUCAGAGCACGUACGUGAGGCAACAAGCAGAGUGGCUGUAUGCAGAACUGGUGCGCCUUCUGGUCCGUGGGGAACAGAGAACCAAGGAGUGAUGUGUAAAGUAAGCUUUCCUGGGCUAGAUGGUGUUUAGGUGUUAGGGAUCAAGUUGGAGAUUCUUUCUUUUAAGCGGCUGUUGAAUGCAGUGAUGUAAUCAGAAUCAAAAUGAUAAUUUACAUGCACUGAAAACUGUGGGCGUGUGGUAGCAUUAACUCAGCCACACUGCACACUUAGAUCCAAGCAAAGUAUUUCACAGGCCAUGUGCUAUGAAGUCGGAGCACUGGAUCACCAAGGCUUUUGGUUUCUAUUCUGCACUCCCAAAAUUCGCUGAGUGACUGAAGGCUAAUCACUUCACCUCUCCGUGCCUCGUCUUCCCUUUCUAUCUAAAUGGGGAUAGUAAUACUUACCUACCUACCUCACAGAGGUGUUGUGAGGCUUGAUUAAUUAGGCCCUGAGUUUUAGCUGGACCUGAAUGGUGAGUGCAGUCAGCUCUGUAAAUGUAUUAGGGGCACAUUGCUGAUGCAGAUAAUUGUUGCACUUAUCAUGUCUGGAUGCUCUUCUUGAAAAUACGGAUCUGAUCAUUUGUGACUUUCUUAGAGAUCUUGGAGGAAAAAGCAUGAUGGCAGGACAGAGGAUUCAAUUCUGAUACCAGAAUAUAAAAUUACUUAGGCUCAGCUUACUCAUGGUGCAUAUAUAUCAAAUGCUUGCUUUGAGUAUAUUCUAGAAUCCACUCGUUUGGGGAGAAUGUUUUCGGUUUUGCCAUCGCAAGAAAUUAACACAAACAUGAAAGGCAAAGGAUAUAGGGCUGUGUUGUUACAGUCAACUAACAAGGCAUGGAUGAUCACAAAAGUUUCAGUGCAGAAAGACAAAAAGAGUAGUUAUUCAGCUACUCAUUAUACAACGUAGCGAAACAGUUGAGUAAAUCUGUUCAACUCAUGAUGCAAGUUAUUUGUCUAUAUAUUACAUCCUUCUGUGAUGGUUUGGUGCUAGAUAUCAUCUUCUUGUCAUUUGGCAGGAAAAAUUAGAAUAGUGGGCCAAAAUGAGUCAGUACAGUGUCUACCAAUCAUGUAGGCGGUGAUAUUGCUGAUCAUACAUCUUGCUGUGGUCGCAAGACUGCUGAGAGACUUCAUGUGACCUAAUCUGUUUCUAACCAGCAUAACUGUUCUAAAACGACAUCCCAGGAACAUCCAGGAUGGAAGUGGGCAGCUUUUUGUUUAUAGCAACAGCAAAUACUCCCUGUAGUGCUGCAUAACAUGCCAGAAAUAAGCCUCUUUACUUGUAGUUUACUUCCAUAACUAAAGGAUCUUUUAAUCUGUAGAAAUUAUAUAUUGCCAUUUUGGUACAACCCAUUUUCAUGCUGCCAGUGGGUUUCAUGCUGGCUUAAAGUUUUCAGAAAGAGCUAAAUCGGGGCACGGGGUGGGGGUGGGCUGGUUUUCCUGAUGUUUUUUUAAGGGGGGGGGAGCAUUAGAAACAGGGAAGGGUUCAGAUGUAGAGGAAGUUCAGUAUUUGGGAAAUUGGUGUUCUAUAAAUAUGGAAGGUGAGUGUCACUAGAACAAGUCCUUUGGGAAAUGUGUUUCCAAUGACUUGACACAGGGCACUUCCGUUGGCUUAAUGAGAGCCAUGAAGAUGCAUGCUUGCUCAUGGCUGGGAGACACUUCACACACCUUGUGCCUCACUCCUCCACCCCCUGAAUGAGAAACAACCCCUUUGUGAGGAAAAAAGAGUUUUUUAUCAGGUUUGCCCAAUAUGUGGAGAAAUUCAGGAAAUGAAAAUAACAUGUUCUCCGUUUGAUAUUAGAAUUCCUUCUGUGGAGUUUAAAUGCAUUUGUCGUCGUUGUAUUUGUGCAUGGUACAAGUGACAACACUGCUUAAUACGGUGAGCAAUAAGAAUUAGGUAUUUUCCACUUUCACAUCAAACCUGCCACAUGCAACCAUUCCCCAAGGCCAUAGAAUGUAUUUUAGUUUCAUUUUGCCCAAUAUCUUUUACUGUGUGAGAUUACAGAUUUUUUUUUUAUUGACUGUCUUUAGCUCCAACUAAAUGGGAACAGUAAACAAUCUCUCUGAUCAAAAUCCAGUUUAAUUUGAUUUUGUUGGUUAGCCUGUACUCUGGCCUGGUACUAAUUUUCCUUCUUCUUAAUCAUACCUUACUUAAACAAGGAAAAAGCAUUGAAGGGGGGCUACACCCACGCAUAUCACUCUGGGCUGUAUUUCAUUAGGUCAGACUCGUUCUGUGAACAUCUCUUUCCAGUUGCAGAAUAGAUCCAGGUGCACAGAGAUAUCUGUGGGUCUGUUAAGAAACACUGGUAGUUUCAGGCUAGAUGCUAAUAAUGGGUUUGAGCAGUUUCAGGUUCAUUGCAUUGCCAUGCUGUCCAGAAAGGCUGCAAAUGUGUGUGGAAAACUUGGCCCCUCAGUUGCAGAACUCCUUCAAAAGAGCGUUGAAGAUGGUAACUCAGAGAGGACUGUCAGCAAAGACUCUUCCAAGCAGCAGCCCUUUAGCACUUGCUCUCCUUGUAUGCAGUGUUAGCCAUGUUUGGCCUAUAUGGACUUCCUUUGUAAAUUAAAACUCUGUUUCCAGACAGCAUUAAACUUUUUAUAUUAUGAAAUUUACCAUGUAAAAAGAUUUUCAUAUUUUUAUUGAAAUUGCUAAGGCAUUUGGCCUUCUUUCUUUGUGAUUUCAGUGUCUAUUAAAGCAUGAGUUCUCUCAGUA